AUGCUAGCUCUUUCCAUUUGCCAUAAACACGAUGCCCAAGUUGCUUCUAUUCAUUCAAACGAGGAAAACACAAUUACAUCUGCAUUGGCUAUAGGUCAGGCUGGUGGAAACAUUUCUGCAUGUUGUUGGAUUGGACUUCAUUCAGGCCAUGGAGGUUCGAAAGAAAAAUUUUGGGAUGAUGGAAGUAGUGUAGAUUUUGAAAAGCAUGUGGAGCCCGGAACCUUACCCUUAUCAGACGACAUAUCUUCGGAUGAUAAAGACAAAGAAUCUCACCAAUGCCGUGAAUGUGCGGCUAUUAAUGGAAAUGGACAAUGGAAGGAUUUAAAUUGUGGUGCUAAUUGUGGGGCAGUUAUAUGUAAAAAAGAAUGUAGAAAUCCAGAAUAA